AUGCUUGCAACAGCAAACCCUUUAUUUUCUUCUUCAAGUUCUUCCUUUCUGUUGCAAGCAACAAACCCACCAUCAACAAAGCUUCUAUCUUUAGCUACUCCAUUUACAAUUCUCCCUCCCCAUGAAAAGUUCACUCUCGCAAACUUUGCUAAAGCAUCAAGGUUCUUGGCCCCAGUGGCUUUUCCAGUUAUUAAACACCUUCUAGUCCAGUGCAGCUGCCUUGACUUGCCUGCCAUUUUGCAGAAUGAAAUUGGAUUGAUUUAUUCUUUCUUUGGAGAACUGGGUUUUAAUGACAAAGAAACUGGGUUACUGUUAGAGCAGAACCCAGCUCUAAAGUUUGCAUCUUUUGAUUCCAUCCGAGCCCGUGUUUCACUCUUGGAGUCUGCUGGAAUAAAAGGCAUCGAACUACAUCGCUUGAUUUCUAAGGGUCCGGAUGUGUUAAGAGCUAAGGAGAUCGAUCCGUUUAUACAUUUUGUGCUUAAUGAUUUAGAAGGAAAGGUCGAGCCAGCACAGCUUAGGCGUCUUUUGGUUGCCACUGUGCCAAGAUUCUUGACUGGUUUUGAUGAAAAGGUUAAGUUGCUGAUUGAUCACGGAAUUCCUCGAGAAAAGAUUGUCCAUGUUCUCAACAAUGUGAAUCUGACCAAGGCUUUGUGCCUUAAGUCUGUUGAAGAAAUCGAUAAGAUAGUUACUUUCAUGAGCCGGUUUGGUGGGCUUGACAUAAUUGUUAGGCGGCCGUUGAUUCUGAAUUUUGAUUUGGACACUCAGUUGAUUCCUAGAGUAGAGUUGCUCAAGGAGAUUAGUGGUGGAGACGAGGAUGCUACGGGGAUCGUGUUACGUAAACUCCCUGCAAUUUUAAGUUACAGUGUGAAGCAUACGGGGGGCCAUGUUGAGCUGUUUAGAUCUUUUGCUGGCCUAACCGAUCCACAAAUAUUCAGGAUUUUUUCUGUGUUUCCAAAUGUGGUUAGCGCCAGCAAGGAGAGGAAGUUGCGUCCGAGAAUAGAGUUUCUGAAGCAAUGCGGGUUGAGUUCUGAUGAGAUAUUCAAGUUCUUGACUAAAGCCCCUGUUUUUCUUGGCCUGUCCUUUGAAGAUAACCUCGUGCAUAAACUUGUUGUUUUGGUGAAGAUCGGGUAUGGAAAUGGAACCAAGGAAUUGGCUGCGGCAAUGGGAGCUGCAUCAAGGACAAGCUGUGAGAAUUUGCAGAAUGUGAUUGGACUAUUCUUGAGUUAUGGUCUUUCUUAUGAAGAUAUUCUUGCCAUGAGCAAGAAGCACCCUCAGAUUCUACAAUACAGAUGCGCUGCGUUGGAGGAGAAGUUGGAAUUCUUGAUUGAGGACAUGGGUCGUGAAGUUAGAGAGCUUUUGUCUUUUCCUGCAUUUCUUGGUUACAACCUUGAUGAGAGGAUUAAGCAUAGAUAUGAAGUGAAGAAGCUGACCAUAGGGGAAGGGAUGUCCAUCAAUAAGCUCUUGACUGUCUCUGAUGACAGAUUUUUAAAGCAGAAGAGAAAGAAAAAACUAGUCCAGAAGGACAACCUGAACGGAGGAUGA